UUCGACUAAUAGAGACAAAUCAACAAUUACAGUUACCAUGUCGGAGAAGAAGAAAAAACGGCCUCCCUUAACAAGAGCUGCCACAGAAGUGAACGAAAACACUCUGAAAGCACUGAACCAAAUCCGCCAUCCUUCACUCUACAAAAAGAACCAUGCUAAAUCCUCGGCUGGGGCUGAUUUCAACAUGACUUCAGGCAUGCGAAGGAUCGAAAGGGCUCGUAGUAAUGUUAAAGAUCUCCCAAAACCAAUGCCAGCCAUAGACCCGUAUAUGGACAUACCUGGCUGUAAGCUGUCCCGACAUCGUUCCUGUCCACAUUUACUCGAUGAAGACGAUGAUGACGAUGAACACACCCCUGUUUCUAGUGAUGUUGAUGAUUUCUGCGGCUCUUACGGUGGGAGUACUAUGACAGAGCACCAGGAUUACCAAUGGCAUCCUAUAAAGGUGACAGCGGCAAGUAGGGGUGACAGGGGCGACACAACCAACCACACUGACUACUAUAGCUCAAACCCAAAAGUAAUGGACAGUUACAAUGAUUGGUCUCAGAAUGAAUGUGAUGGCCAUCGAGAAGGAAAGAAACAGUUCAGAGAUCCACCAUUUUCUGCCAAAAUCCAUUCGUCGUCUUCGUUAAUGUCUCCAACGGAAGACAUGUUUCGUUUUGACCGGAUCUCGACAAGUGUCUCAGACAACUUCUCCGACAUUGAAGAACCAAAUUCGGAACUGAUUCUAGAAGACAGAGUAAGUGACUCUGAGGAUCAGGAUUAUCCUCUUCAUUCUGGACGUGAGGGUGAUGCCAAAUGUAACCAAUGGUUACAAGGCUUGCAAUUGUCACAGACAGAUCGACUCAAAUCUAGGAGUCACCUUAGACUGCCGCCAGUAUAAUGACCGAUUUGUUUUUGUUUUGUUUCUAUUUUCUUUUUUUUUUUAAUCAGUAAACCUUUGUUGCUCUUUC